AUGAGACUUUUUCGGGGAAAUGGUUCAUCAUGGUUGCUUUUCUUGGCUACCGCAGGGUCAGUAGCUUGCUCGGCACAAGAAUAUGAUGCUGAAGAUGAUGUGGAGAUGUCUUCGCAACGUUUCAUAGUCACUCUGGAUCCUCAAAUCACACCAUCUUUGGCAGAUUUUAAAAAACAUUUGGAAGAACAGGGGAUCGAUUACAAAAUUUUCCAGGACUAUACUACCAUUGCUCCAGAUGUAUAUUACGGAGCAUCUGUGAUCCUUGGGCAUUCAGAAGAUGUAGCCAAGAUGGGGAGAUCAAAUCAUGUUCAGAAAAUGAGCCCAGUUACAAAAGUUCGUUCAAUGGCACCCGUCACGGAAAGGAUUUUGACUUCUCCAGCAGGUCUCAAAUCCAACAAUUAUCCACCUCACUUGAAAACAAAUAUCACAGAACUACACAAGAUGGGUUUCUACGGACAGGGAAUCAAAAUAGCAAUAAUAGACUCGGGCGUCGAUUGUGCACAUGAAGCCCUUGGUGGUGGAUUUGGUGAAGGAUACAAGAUCAGCUUUGGGCGUGACUUAGUUGGUGAUGACUAUGAUGGAAACAACGAAAUAGAACCUAACGAUACUCCUUGUACCCCUUGUGGAUAUCACGGAACCCACGUGAGUGGUAUUAUUGGGGCGCAAGAUGUUGGUUAUGGCUUCACUGGUGUGGCACCAAACGCAACACUUGGAAUGUAUCGUAUAUUUUCAUGCAAGGCGGAAUUGGGCACUAAUAAUGAUCUUGUGAUGUCUGCCCUUUUACAUGCACAUAAAGAUGGAGCGGAUAUCAUUUCUGCAAGCAUAGGUGGUUCAGGGGGUUGGGGGUAUGGAGAGGCAGUGUUGGAUGUUGUGAACAAUUUGGUGACAAAGAAGAACGCUACAAUCUUUCUUGCUGCUGGAAAUGAGGGAGAAGAAGGACUUUUUUCAGGCUCAUCUCCAGCCGGAGCUGCUAAUUCAAUUGCAGUUGGAUCUGUGGAUUCUGAGCUCACUGCUUCUCAGUUGAUAACUUCAACUGGUCGGGAGAUCAACUACUUUACUGCCCAACCCUACAAUGACACUCUCGUCUUCCCGGUAUAUCGAACUGCCAACUCAAGUGAAGCAAAAGACGAUGCAUGCGAGCAGUUGCCGGAUUCGACGCCUGAUCUUGGCAAAUACAUAGUUCUCAUAAGGAGAGGCACGUGUUUCUUCGUAGAUAAGGUCAAGAAUGCCAAGGCAAAGGGUGCCAAGCAGAUCAUGUUUUACAUGAAUUCGACAUCAAACAUCCAAUUGGAAGACCGGGUCACUGGUGUUCGCAUAUUCACUGUGAAUCAUACCGAUGGAGAUUACAUCUACAAAGAGUCUGAAAAAGACUCAGAAGAAUUCAGAAUCAAAUUUCCACCGGUUGGAUUAUUUUAUCUCCCAACACCGGAUACAGGUUUCAUGAGCAAUUUUUCACAAUAUGGACCUAAUUUUGACUCAUUGAGUCCUGAGCCAGCUGUUUCGGGAGUUGGCGGGAAUGUGUUUUCCACUUUCCCUGUGCGAAACGGAUCUUAUGCAGUACUCAGUGGAACUUCUAUGGCCACACCGCAGAUGGCUGGUAUAGCUGCCUUAAUCAUGCAAGUGAAUGGAAAAGGAUUUCGAGGUAACCUUUUGAGAAAUAGAUUAGCGUCUACUGCAAGAGUACUUUUGCAAAAUCACAAUAGUAGUAUUGUUGAAACUGUUGUUCAUCAAGGAGGUGGUUUGGUGAACGCUUACUGUGCUGUCUUUGCUAAGGCGAUAUUAUCUACUUCAGCUCUUGCUCUCAACGAUUCCAGACAUUUUAAUGGCUCCCAGAAAUUUGAGGUCACCAACACGGGUAAUGAAUCGAUACAGUACACGCUUGAACAUCUUGCUGCUGGCUCUGCAUACACUUUUACGGAAGAAUCGCCUUACGGUCCACUAAAUCAUCCGAUGCCCUUAAAAUUAAAUAAAGAAGUAGCUACCGUUCAAAUUUCUCCAUCAACCCUUACGGUAGGCCCGGGAGAGACCGCUACGGUUCAGGGUACCGAUAGGCUGAUGAGAGAAUAUAUUGCAGAAAAACGACCGACCUUGGACCAGAUCAUACGAUUAGUUAUUUAUCAAGGUUUUGCACCGAAUGAUCCUAAAACCAACGAAACAUAUAGAUUACCACAAAUCGGCUACAAAUUUCUCAAUCAGACUUUGAAUAGUACAAAUGAGAAAGGUGAAUUUCUGUGGGAUCGAUCCGAUAAAAAUACAAGUCUCAUUCGUUACAGGACUAAUUUUGGCACGCCACAUCUACGGAUGCUUCUUGUAGCAGCUGAAGAAAAUGAUGUUCAAAAUGUCACCAAAAUGACUUUCAAUGAAGGGGCUUCACCACAAUUGAAUAUCUCCGAGGUAGAUGAAGGUGAUUCCCCGACUGCCACUGAAGAGGGCUCAACAACGGAAACCAAAAAUUCGACAUCAGGCAUCUCAAGAUUCCCAAGAAGGACGUCUGACGGAUUACUCCUAUUGGGCGAGAUCCCAGAUAGCGAGUCUUUAUAUUCACCACGUUCAGGUUCGAAAUUGGUUUGGAUGCAAAAGUGGAAUGGAACCCUUUCAACUGUCACAAACUCGACCCUUGAAGAAGUACCUGAUGGAAGGUACAAAGUAUUGAUACAAGCUUUGAGGGUGUUUGGUAAUCGUGAUGAUCCAUUGGACUGUGAAAAUUGGCUCUCUCCUGUAAUUGUUAUUAAGUCUUGA